CCCACGUUCCCUUCCCAUACCUGUCCACCUAACGGAUUCAAUCUUCACCGUUUCCAAAUUUUUCCUGCUGCUCAGUGACGUCAUGCCUUCAGUCUCUCUAUAAUUUACCUCCUCAUCUGCUUUUCAAACUAAUUCGUCAACUGAACAGUUUCAGUUGAUGGCAGCGGCCGAUUCCAGUAAAACCAGCUUUUGCAUUUGGGACAUUCUGCUGGAUGCAUAGUUUUCGCGCCUCCGCCUCCGCUGAAAAUAAUCAAAGGAAAACGCAUUGAAGAAUACAGCCGGAUCAUAGCACUACUUGUCUUUGAAACCCUCAUCCGUACAAAUUAUCUGCAAUCUUUGCUACUCCACGUUGCUGUCUUCAGGCACUUUGUAAAGGAGUCCGCGAAAUUAUUUGACAAUGGUGAAGGAAACAGGGUACUAUGACAUUCUAGGAGUGAAGCCCGAUGCUUCUGCUUCUGAGAUCAAAAAGGCUUAUUAUAUUAAGGCAAGGCAAGUGCACCCAGACAAGAAUCCUAAUGAUUCUCAAGCAGCGCAUAAUUUUCAGAUGCUUGGAGAGGCUUAUCAAGUUCUAAGUGAUCCUCAAAAGCGGGAGGCAUAUGACAAUUAUGGAAAGACAGGUGUAUCAAACGAAGUAAUGCUGGAUCCAGCUGCAGUCUUUGGCAUGCUUUUUGGUAGUGAGUAUUUUGAAGAUUAUGUUGGGAAACUUGCUUUGUCUUCAUUGGCAUCAGUUGAAAUAGCCGAGUCUGGACAAAGCCAUGAUAUCCAAAAAAUUCAGGACAAGAUGAAGGCCUUCCAAAAGGAAAGGGAGGAAAAACUUGUGCAAUUAUUGAAAGAUAGGCUGCUACCCUAUGUUAAUGGUCAAAACCAAGAAUUUGUGGAUUGGGCUAAUUCUGAGGCUCGUCGUCUAUCAACUGCAUCUUUUGGUGAGGCUAUGUUGCACACAAUAGGAUACAUAUAUACAAGGCAAGCUGCAAAAGAGUUAGGAAAGAAUAAAUUUCUCAUUGGUAUGCCUUUUGUUGCGGAGUGGGUACGUGAUAAAGGUCACCACAUUAAAUCUCAAGUUACAGCAGCAUCAGGGGCUGUUUCUUUAUUACAAAUGCAAGGAGGAUUGAAACGAAAGCUGGAAGGUGGUGUCACAGAUGAAGAUGCUUUAUCACAAUAUAUUCUAGAGAAUAAAGAUGUUAUGAUUAAUUCUCUUUGGAAAAUAAAUGUAGUAGACAUUGAAUCGACACUGUCUCAUGUUUGUCAAGCAGUUCUUACUGACACCAGUGUUCCAAAAAACAUACUGAAGGAACGGGCAAUGGCAUUAAAGAAACUGGGAACGGUCUUCCAGGUAGGUGAGCGUCUAACAUCAUGAAGGCACCAAGAUCUGGUAACCCCUCCAAGCUUUGAAUUUACAUCUGGCAGAGACAACAAGCAUCGAUUCACUUCCACCGCUUCUUAGUGAUUGUCUGAUUUUCCAAAACAGCUAUAAAUAUUUUCCACCUCAAACACUCAGAUAUGUAGUUUCUGUAGGCACUGAUGUAAUCUUAAUUGAAAAGGUCUCUUGUAGUUGGCUUGUAACUUUGUUCUCUAGACUUUCACAGUUGUAUUUGUUUAGAAUAUAAUAGUUUUAAUAGAGCAUUUCUGAGGGACGUUAGAAAUAAGAGAUCUUUUUUUAACAUAUGAUAUGGGGCAUCUCCAAAAGUGCAUGUGUAUUGUUUGUUUGGGAUUGGGUAGGAUAGAAUGGUGUGCCUUAUUAAGUGUAGUUUAUUGGCUUAUGUAAAAGAUAUAAUUUAUGUAACAAGGGUAAUUUAUGUUUUCUAUGCUUAUGCUUA